AAAGCUCCCCCCGUGUAGAACUAGCGAAUUUCAAUAUUUCUUCGUUUAAAAACUGUUCAAAACAGCGUGACAACUAAACUGUAUAAAUCAAUUUUAUAAUUGACAAAAUGUUUAAAAUACCGGUGUCGGGUAUUCUAUUGGGCGCGAGCAAAGUGUCCACGAAGAUGUUCGUGCCCAGCAUCGGUUUGCAUGUAUCGGCACCAAUGAAACUGAAGGAGAUCCACGCCAACAAGGUUGGCGGAAAGUUGAUUAUUGAAGGAGCUUUCGUGCCGUCUCCUAGAAAAGACCACCUCAUUCAGAACAACAACGAAUGCUGUCCGUUGUGCAGUCUCGGCUUGGACGUCAAACACACGGAUGUAUUGAUUCUUAGUCAAUUUGUACGAAGUGACGGUUGUAUGAUGCCACGACGAGUUACUGGCCUUUGUAAAACCCAGCAGAAAAGAAUGUCUAAAUUGGUGUCUAUGGCGCAUAAAGCAGGGUUAAUGUGUGAUUUAGCUCCAGCAAAUAGCAAAAAGGAUCCCAGUAAAAGAAAGUUAUGGAAAAAAUACAAUACAUACUAUGAUGAAUCCACUAUUAAAGUUUAUGAGAGUCAUUUCAAAACAAUUAAGGAUAACAUUAUACUUGAUUACAUGAAAUCAAAAAAUCCAGAAAAUUAAUCAAGUAGUAAUAAUCGACAAUAUUAAAACUUAAGAGUAGGGAUAAUAUGUACUUUUUCUUGUUAAAAUAAAAUAUUUAUAAUUAUA